GGUCUGUAGUCCCCAUCCAACCUUCCCAAUCGCCGCCAGAAUUCUUCUUAUUUCUCAAUAUUUUCUGGGGUGGACGGUACUGCUCGUAGAAACCUAAGCAAGCUACAUGCAGACUUGACCCAUUUCGACUCCACUUUCUCGACGACUCUCGUACCUACACGCAUUUCUUUCCUUCAUACAUGACGAUUACAUACCCACGGCUUUUCUUCGUCCUUAUCCACAACCAUAUCUCUCUCGCUUCCUUAUGCACGUUUAUCCUACAAGCUAUCUUAUCGCAUCAUCAUCUGUAUUUUAUCUCUAUCAGGAUUUUAUGGACCUCCAAUGUACCGAUUCUCUAUAUGUCUACAUAUCUUCUCCACCUACCCGCCCAUCCAAUCCCCCCAUCUAGGCGCCCCGUUAUGUUCACCUUCCCCACUACCCACUACCACCGCACCCGCCUUCAUCCCACUUCCGCCUACUCAUCUUCCCUUCUCACCACGCUCCUCCGCCAGGGGCUCCCACCUUCCCCCUCUCCUCUUUUGUCCCAGCCCUUACCCCACACUUUCCAGCCAUCAUGCUCUCUGGCUCAGGGAUGUCCGCGCCCAUGCUCGGCCAAGCCUCUACGUCCCUCUCACAGAGUCUCAAUAUCGUGUACCACACUACUGCGACCAGCCAACCCUUACCGGUCGAGUCAAGUCUAUCGCCUGGCGGCGCUCUUACGAGCUCGGGCCUUGAGCUCUAUGCCCUGGCCAGGGGUUCAACGCCAUAAAAAGGACGAAAACCCGUGACGAGAUUGAUAGCUCCUCAAAAGAGGAGGGGUAUUCAUCCCGUGAACAAUUUAGAUCUGUAUACGUCAUAUACGAGGAUGGAUAACAGCACCAUCUACGAUAGUGUGAGCGAGGGAGAGGAGGAGGGAGUUCGCUAUUCACCG